AUGUGGCGUUUUCUGACAGCGCUUAUUUGUUUUUAUGGAUUUAUUAAAGAAUUUAAAAUUGGCGAACCAUUUAUUUAUUUAUAUCAAAAUGAAAUGUUAAAUUUAACACGAGAACAACUGGUAAAUGAGAUUUAUCCAUUCGCCGCUUACAGUUAUUUAUUAUCAUUGGUACCACUAUUUUUGCUUACCGAUCUAACACUUUAUAAACCGACGAUGUUGUUAGAAGUUGUGGGACAAACUAUUUAUCGAGGUAUAUUAGUAUUCUCUCCGGCAGUUUGGACACAAAAAUUAGGAAUGAUGGCUUAUGGUACAGCAUCUGCUUCCGAAACAGCUUUUUUUGCAUAUAUUUAUUCAAAAUCGGAAAAGGAUCAGUAUCAAAAAUUAACAAGCUAUUCGAGAGCAGCAAUAAUGUCUGGACGCAUGAUAAGUUAUCUGUUGGCUCAGUUAAUUAUAAUUAUGAAGAUUGGAAAUUACCGAUUAUUGCAAUGUAUAGGUUUUGGAGUGCCAUGUUUUGUUGUCAUCUUCGUUAUGUUUCUACCGAAUGUACACUGGAAGCAAAUAGUUACUAGACUUUCUGAUUCAAAGAGCAAAGAAACGGGCGUCAAACAAUUUGAUUUACCACAGACGUACGGCGCAUACGUAAAAUAUCAGUUAUGUCGAAUGCGCCGCAAUCUAGCACAUAUCUAUCGAAUCGGUGCUAUCCGUAAAUGGUCCAUAUGGUGGGCAUUGACAACAUGCAUGUCACUUCAGGUUGCUCAGUAUGCUCAAUCACUUUGGGGUGAAGUACAACGUGGUGAUACGAAUUCAUUCAACGGUUUCGCAGAAGCUACCUAUACUGCUACAGCUGCAAUAUCAAUUCUCAUAUUGGGCCUAGCUAAAAUAAAUUGGGAUAAAUGGGGUGAAUUAGCAUUAGCUAUGAUUUCUUUGAUUGAUACAUUGAUACUGUUUACAUAUUCACAAGCACAAUCCAUAUGGAUUAUGUAUGCAUGUUAUAUUGGCUAUCGAAGUUUAUAUCAAGUGAUGAUUACCAUUGCUCAGUGGAAUUUAGCAAAGAAAAUGAUCGGUGAAUUAUAUGGCUUAGUAUUCGGUUUAAAUUCAUUCAUUGCACUUCUACUUCAAACAUUACUCACCAUUACCAUACCCGAUCAACGUGGACUAAAUAUGCCAGUUAGGGAACAGUUUCUCGUAUAUGCUGGAUGUCAUGUAUUCAUUGGAACAAUCUUUCUAAUUUCACCAUUUUAUUCAUUUAUCAAAUGCUGCAUGUCAACGACACCAGUACAAACUGAACAAUCCAAGAGUUACGUUCUGCAGCAGUUACAUAAGUAA